AUGACUGAGUUGCGUGGCAUUUGGGGGAGUGGUCCACUGCGGUUUGCAGCGGUUGCUGCUGCUGCUGCUGCUACUGCUGCUGCUGGUGCAGCCGUUGGUCCCGCUGCAGCAGCAGGAGGUCCUGUCGUCUCAGUGGCGAGAGACUUGGAUGGCGCAGGAAAGUCUGCUCGAUUCUACGGGGGCCAAAUGGGGGCCCCCUCCCCUUACCCUGUUUUAGAUGCGGGUGUUCCUGAGGGUUGGGGUGAGGGGGUUCUUCCUGAAGAGGGUUUGCAGGGGGUGCAGCAGAUGCCUGUUGAAGAUGAAGGCGCAGCAGCAGCAGAUAGAGACCACGAGAUAGUAGAUCGUGGAGUAGGCUCUAACCUUUCUUCUUCCCGGCGCCAUACAGUUUCCGCUUCUAAAGAGCCACUCCUAGGGUAUGCCGAUCGCCAUUGGGGGCCCCUAGAGGGCCCCCAGCCUCAUCAGAAGUCUACGAGGCGCUGGGGGGAGGUUGGCGUGCAAGGAGGAGAUGCUAGUAGAGAGGCAUGGAAUAGGGCUCUGCGCAGCGCAGGUAGCUCGAUUAGAGAGCUAUCUCGCCGUAUGCAUCAGAGGAGCGAAGAAUACUGGAAAGAGCCGCGGCUCCGUAAGGGACUGAUUUACCUUGCUGCUGUUAUUGGUGUUAUAAUUGGUAUUGCUUACAGCGAGCACCGCAUGCGAGUAUACGCAGCAGAGGGAAAGCAGCUAAGGGAGCGCGAGGCUCUAUUGUUAGAUAUCCAGAGAGAUAUUACGGUGGAGACGGAGGCAGCAAAGAAGGGCCUUGAGGAGGCCCAGGCAAUUAAAGAGAGGCAGGAAUGCACAGCGAAGGAGCUGGAAGAAGCAGAGGAAGCACUGAAAACAAGAAGAGAGCAGCUUCGGGCUCGUUCUGCUGGGCUUCAGGAGGAGCAUCUGCUAUUGUCUAUACGCCGCGCACAGGCGCAAAUGGCGGGUCUUACGGCAAUGGAGGCCCCCACUCUUGAUGAUGACAGGGAGCAAGCAUUGCAGAAACUGCAACAAAUGAAAGAAGAAGCAAACAGCCUCUUCUGGAUGGAUGAUGAAUCUCGCAAGACAGCAGGAGCUGCUUUGAGUGAUAUGGCGUUGUUAGAAACAGAUGUUCGUUCUCGUUAUAAUACGCUGCUGCGCGUUAUGACUAUAGAUGUACUGACACCGCCAAUGCGGCAGCAGGCGCUGCAGCUAAAGCAGGAGUUGCGAAACUGCGUUGCAGACUUUGAGUCUAAAGUCCAUUCAGCGAUUGCUAUCUUCUCUGAUAAACUCUGGGGGCUUAAAGCCGAGCGAAAGCUUGUGACGGAUCCUAGUCUUAAAAGCGCGCUGCGGAAAGGUUUAUUAACAGAGUGGGAAGCGCAAGAAGAACAUCAGCACCGGGUGCUUGGACUGCGAGAAGCAGGGAGAGAGGCACUUGAGGCAAGCCGAACUAAAAUAAGAACUAUCAUGGAGGCACUGGAAGAGCCUAUGCCUGAAGAAGAGCGACUACAAGCUCAAGGUUACCUAUUUGGUCUAAUGAGUGCAGAGUUAUAUCAAGAAAGUUUCUUACGCGUACUUGAUGCAGAUGUGGCUAGACACCUGGAUAGAGCUUCAUGGUUAGCCAAGAUGGAGGGCCUUUUAGAGGUAGCAGACAAACGAGCAUCAGCAGCAAGAAACAGCUGGAAAACAGAACGUGCAGUGCUAGCAGAGGUUAAGGGGAAAAUAAAAGCAGUCAAAAUUAUCAUGGCUGCUCUUGAUGAUAAGAUGGAUCUCUGCGCUACAGUGCACAAAACUUGGUCGGAGAAAUGGGGAAGAAUUGAAGGGACAGGAUAA